CACACUGCUGCUGGGGGGACUUUUUAACCUAGGCCUGUGUAUGGCCUUCAAUUGAAGCUGCUUCCGCUCCGCCACUCUGCCAUUGGACUCUUGAUAGUCGUCUCCCCACGCUGCUGCUGGGGGGACUUUUUAACAUAGGCCUCUGCCUCUGUAUGGCCUUCAAUUUAAGCUGCUUACGCUUCGCCACUCUGCCAUGGGCCCCUGUACCGCCUCCUCUUGCUGCUGCCAGGUCCAGAGUGUGUCAUGGGUCCCUGUACGGCCUCCCAUUGCUGCUGACUUCAUCGCCCCCUGACUCUGCCAUGUGCCACUUUCAGGUCUCCUUACACUGUUGGUGGGUUCCAUUUUGU